CAGCAGCCAUCGCUCGAGUCCUCCAAGGGCUGCGAAUAGCAGACCAGACACAAAGCUUCCUCUCUCUCCCCUCCCUGUUCCUGCCAGCCCCAAGAAGGACUCUUGCUGCAGAGAGCUCAACUGGAGCUACUUGACUUUCACAGCAGAAAAAAACCAUAGCUCACCAGGAUGCUCUCAGAGAGAAGAGUUCCUUGACUUACCUAGGGAGUUAUAACUCUCGUUUGCUUUGUUCAUGGAGCCUUACGUGUCUUUCCAUCUCCCCCUCUCCCCAAUCACUUCAAAAAUCUAACUUCCCCAGUGGUAGGGGACAGGAAAAGUAAGUUAGAUGAUCCAUGCUGCCUCACAACCCACCCUUUGGAAACAACCCACUUCUGAAUGAGAUAGCAGCUGCUUCUCAAAUAGAAAAAAGGCUCUCCCUCCUGAGCUAGCAAGGCUUUCAGUGACAUCUGAGGGUAGUCUGUGACCAGCAGGCAUGGGAAACAGCUCUCUUUGGGAUGAUCUGAACAGCACCUGCAGCAAUGCAGGCAACAGCUGCUACCUGGACAACAGUAUGAGGUUCAACUUAACCUUCCAAGAGCAGGCAGCUGAUUUCUACAUUGUCCUCCCUGUGAUUUACUCUGUGAUCUGUGCUGUUGGGCUCACAGGCAACACUGCUGUCAUCUAUGUGAUCCUCAAGGCCCCUAAGAUGAAGACUGUGACAAACAUGUUCAUCCUGAACCUUGCUAUAGCUGAUGACUUGUUCACACUUGUCUUGCCCAUUAAUAUUGCUGAACACCUCCUCCACUACUGGCCCUUUGGAGAAGUCCUUUGCAAGGUUAUCUUGUCCAUAGACCACUACAAUAUCUUCUCCAGCAUUUAUUUCCUCACAGUGAUGAGCAUAGACAGGUAUCUGGUAGUACUGGCUACAGUCAGGUCCAAGAGGAUGCCACAUCGUACAUACCGAGCAGCCAGGAUUGUCAGUUUGUGCAUCUGGAUUCUAGUCACCAUCAUAGUUCUCCCUUUCAGCAUCUUUGCCAAUGUCUACAUAGAUGACCUAGAGAUCAAGAGUUGUGGUCUCAAUUUUCCCAAGCCUGAAAGGUUUUGGUUCAAAGCCAGCAGGAUCUAUACCCUCAUUCUUGGCUUUGCCAUUCCGGUAUCCACAAUCUGCAUCCUCUACACCAUGAUGCUCUACAAGCUAAGGAACAUGCACUUGAACUCUAAUGCUAAAGCCCUGGACAAAGCCAAAAAGAAAGUCACUAUUAUGGUCUUCAUAGUCCUGGCUGUGUGUCUCUUCUGUUGGACCCCCUUCCACUUGGCCACCAUUGUGGCUUUGACCACGGACUUACCCCAGACCUCCAUGGUCAUCGGUAUAUCCUACUUCAUCACCAGCCUAAGCUAUGCCAAUUCAUGCCUGAAUCCUUUCUUAUACGCUUUCCUGGAUGACAGCUUUCGGAAAAGUUUCCGGAAGAUGCUGGAAUGCAGAACUUCUUGAACAGUGGUUGGGGCUUGCAGAUCCCUUCCCUCCCAUGGCUUUGCAGGACCACCUUUGCAGACAGAAGGGGUGGCUAAUGAACACAUAAUAUUCUUUCUUUCAU